AGAUAUAUUUUGCUUCUUUUUUUUGAAUCUGGAGGAGGAAGAGGUGAUCCAGACCCCGACAUAGGAGGAGAAUCCAUCGCAUGAGAUGCCAUUUUCCUCCUGGUAGGGGUUUGGUAAGCACACGUCUCCUAAGUCUGGUAAUUUAAGGUUUUGAAAAAUGGAAGACUCAAACAGGAUAUCAUCAAACACGGAAAAUAUUGGAUUCAUUGGAAAAGAAUCAAUGGUUCCCAAAAAAAUUCCGGGAAAUAGCAUUGCUCCUCCUAGUAAUAUGCACCACCACAGUGCUUCUUUAGAUAACCUUCUCAUAGAGGAGCAACCAGCUUGGCUCGAUGACCUCCUAAGUGAACCAACAUCACCAAAGAUGAGCAAGGGUCAUAGGCGUUCAGCUAGUGACACAUCUGCUUACUUAAACUCAGCUCUAAUGCCUUUUAAGCAAGAUGAAAUGAAAAAUCAUGUUGCUGGUCCUUCAUGGCUAUUUCAGAACAUCAACCGUCAUGAAGAUCUGUGGCAGCCUAAGUCUCAUGAGAAACACGAUAAAUCGGGAUGGGAAUUAUCUACCACAAAUGGAACUAAUCUCCAAACACAUGUGUCAUGGGGAGCUGUAAAUAAAGUAAGUACUUCGGCGUCGAAAUCAGCUGGCAAAAUGAAAGAAGGAGGCUCUGCAAAACCCGAUGGUUCGGGAUCAAAGACUGACUCAAAGCGUAUCAAACAUCAAAAUGCUCAUCGAGCACGUCUGAGGAGGCUUGAGUACAUAUCAGAUUUGGAAAGGACCAUCCAAGUGCUACAAGCUCAGGGAUGUGAAAUGUCAUCGGCGAUUCAUUACUUGGAUCAGCAGCUAAUCAUGCUUAGCAUGGAAAAUAGAGCUCUCAAACAACGUAUGGAUAGUUUAGCAGAAAUCCAAAAGCUUAAACAUGUCGAGCAGCAAUUCCUAGAGAGGGAGAUAGGAAACUUAAAGUUUCAACAGCACCAACAACAACCACAACAGAACCAGAAACCAAUGCAACAAAUGCAGCAAAACCGAUACAACAAAUAUCGGCCACCCCCUACACAAGAACCUGAAUCCCAGUUUGCAGCCUUGGCAAUAUGAUUUAGGGAAAUCCGAAUCCAUUACCAGUAUAAUAAUAUGCUCUAUAAGAGCUAUUACUUUUUUUUAAUGUUCGUACAUAUAGGUAAACCCAGUGAUACUUGAUGUCUUCAGAAUUAUUAAGCAAAUCAUAAUAAUGUAUAUCACAAUGUGGAUGAUCA